UGACCAAGAGCUCGAGCUCUAGAGUUUCUCUGUGGAGAUGGGAGAACCUUCCAGAAGGACAACCAUCUCUGCAGCACUCCACAGUUCACCUUCCAACAGGACAACAACCCUAAGCACACAGCCAAGACAAUGCAGAAGUGGCUUCGGGACAAAUUUCUGAAUGUCCUUAAGUGGCCCAGCCAGAGCCCGGACUUGAACCCGAUCAAACAUCUCUGAAGAGACCUGAAAAUAGCUGUGCAGCAACACUCCCCAUCCAACCUGACGGAGCUUGAAAGGAUCUGCAGAGAAGAAUGGGAAUAACUCCAGAAAUACAGGGCUUUCCUUGCGCCAUGGCUCGACCACUGGGAGAAAGCCAUAAAAGGUUCCUGCAAACCAUGAUGGUCAAUGGGAUCAUUGAUGGUGCCAAGGCAAGGGCUCUCCACCGGCAUUGCUGUGAGACACACGGUGCACACUAUGCUCAUGAUAAACUUGAUGAAUUCAUUGAGGUUAUCAAUGCCCAGCUACAGCCCAUGUUCAUGCAGAUCAGAAAAGGGAUGUCUGAGGAGGAUGGUCUUCAGUACCAUGCUUUGGUGAACAUGGCUGAAACUGAUGUGACCAGGAUGUCAACUGAUUAUGCAGACAACGAGUUGGAAUUAUUCCGAAAAACAAUGGACCUGAUUGUGGACUCUGACAAUGGAACCGCCUCUUCCACAGACAUUCUUAACUGUGCCGACAGCCUCCAGACAAAGAAGCUAAAGAAAAGAGAAACGGAACAUGUACUGAACAGGCUUGUUCAGGAUAAGUGGCUGAAUGAGAAAAAUGGUGACUACUCUCUCUCCACUCGAUGUAUAAUGGAGAUGGAGCAAUAUAUUCGGAUGUUGUAUCAAGACCAGGUCAAGGUCUGCCACAUCUGUCACAAUGUGGCCUUGCAGUGCCAGAUGUGUGAAAAUCCUACAUGUGGCAUCAAAAUCCACACCCCUUGUGUUGCCAGAUACUUCAAAGGAAGGACUGAUCCACGAUGCCCUGCCUGUGAGGACUUCUGGCCACAUGAGAUCCCAGAUGUGUAUAGAUCUCCGUCCUCUCAGAGCGAGACUCAGUCAACAGCCAAAGAGAAUACGGCCCCCACUCCUCGGUCUACAGCCCAGACCCGGAGGACCAGGAGGUCAUAACCUCACGGAUGCAUGUAUAGCUGUCAGAACUUUCAGUACAAUGUUUUGCCUUCAUUCAAAUGUACAAAUCAAUUUAGUUAAGUUUGAAAGUUGAAAACGUUUUUAUAAUUGUAUAUCAAAUGUUAGAUACUUUCAGGAGAACAUCUUUCAUUGAAUUGUCAAUGAUCUCCCGUGAGAUCCUCUUAACUUGAUUAUCUUAAUUUUAUUAAGUUACUUUCUAGGGGAGCAAUUCUGGGAAGUGUGGCAACUACAAUCAUUCUUUCAGGCAGUUUAAAUGGAAAGCUGUGUUUACAUAAUUUGUGCCUGUGGUUCAUUAGGUUGUUAAAUUAGAAUAGUACUGCCUUAUUUGAAUAAAUUAUGGAAAUCACCUAAUCUGAG